AUGCUUUGUUGUGUUAAAAGAACAAAUAAGAAUACUCGUCAAGGUUUACAAGAUGUAAGGAAACAGGCUGGAAAACUACGUCCAAGACCUUUCGAAAACCGAAACAAAUUUCGCUGCAUUUUCUGUGGUGGGUCAGACUGUAAACACGAAAAUUGAAAGCUCCAUCCGAAUCCUGCAAUAAAAGGUUUGAACUCUGAUUGGAUUACUGACAAAAUUUUAGCAACCCAGAGGCUUUCAAGCAGGCUCAUAAAGGAGCACGACAUAAUCGGCCAAUUUAAAUCGCAUGGAAUUGCAAGUGUUUUUAAUUUGCAACUUCCAGGGGAACAUCCAUACUGUGGAGAUGGACUUCAGGCAGGUAAUACGUUUUCAUAUCAGCCUGAAGAGCUUUAUGAAGCUGGCUUGUUUUUUUAUAAACUUUAUAAGGCGAAUUUGGCAAAUAUUUUUUAUAUAGGAAUUUUGUAUAAAAAUCAAUUAAAAAAAGCAUAAUAUGGGAUGGCCGGAUAUGCACGCUCCCAAUAUCAGCUUUAUGGUAAGUUUGGUCCAGCUGAUGAGUUUCGUUAUAGAUAAUGGGAACAAAUUAGCAGUCCAUUGCCACGCAGGAUAUGGAAGAACUGGACUAGCUAUUGCUUGCUAUUUGCUGUACUCCUCAGACAUGAGCGCAGAAGCCGCAAUUUCAAUUGUGAGAUCCAAAAGGCCUAAAUGUAUCCAGACGUCAAAACAAAAGAAAUUCGUGAAGCAUUUUUACAGCUUUUUGACCAGAAUCCGGGUCUUAUUCCCAGAAAAACCUAUUUCCUUGCCAGAGUUCCUGGCAAACCAAAGCGUGCUGCUUCAUGGAAAUAACGAAAAGCAACUAAACGGGCUUCCCAAAAUAGUUCACACAAUUUGUACAAUUUUAAGAGAAAGAGCUGAUCAAGAAGUCUACACAAAGCAGCAAGUUGCGAAAGCGUUUUAUGACCCUGAGGAUGCUUGCUUUAAUAGCAUGCUUUAUGUAGCUUUUCUCAGAUCUAGUCAAGAAGUCACAACAAGCAUUGACGAUACCUAUAUGACUCCGAAUCCCAGCAGCACAAAUUCAGCUAUUGAGCAAAAAUUGCACGUUUAUAAGCGCCAGCUUAAUUCUUAUAACUGGGCUGAGGUAAAACAAGAAAAAGAUGCGCGAGUUUUGGCAUUUUUAAUGCUAGACUGGCUAGAGCAUAGCCUGCUAGAAGCCUUAUUGAUGGAUAUAAGAGUGGUUGAGUUUCUAUGCAAAUGGAUUAAGGAAACUGAUGAUAUUGUGUAUAAUAUUAAGCUGAAACCGUAUUUGGAUAAGGCACAGUUUAGGACAUUGGAGUGCUUAAUUAGUAAAAUAAUAGCAAUUACUGUGAAUAUUCAGGAGUGCGACCUUUUAAUAUGCAGAAUAGUGAUUGCUUUGAUGGGAACCAAAGCAAGUCACUCAGUAUUAUUUACCGGAAGAAAACUAGGUGAAAUUCAGCCUUCAGAACUCGGCGGAGCCGAGUACGAGCUCUUUUUAGCUUUGAAAAAAUGGACUGCACUAAUUAAUCAAUAA